AUGUUACACGUGAGAACGGAUUUUUUCAAACGGCAAGAUGCCACAGCGAAUUCUCAACAUCCAUCAUCUCAACAACAAACGCAUCCAUUAUUUUCAGCAAAUAGACGAUAUGCGUCAAAUUUAAAUUUACCAACGGUUAGUACUCCAAGAACUUGUGUGACAAGUGAAAUAUCAAUUGAUCGAAUGAAUCAUCCUUAUCAGAACUUAUAUGACCGUAGAAACAAUCCAAUGUCUAUUCAACAUUCAACGACAACGACACCAGUCGUUGUCAGACUAUCACGUUCCUCAUCAUCUCAUUCCAAUUCGCCUUAUAUACCAAUAACUAAUACAGCUAUUGUUAACAAUAAUAAUAUUGCUUCACAUCAACACAAAAAAUUUUCAAGUAAUCGUUUAUUGAAAGAAGCGCAAUUAUUAUUGAGACGGUCAUGGCCGAAUCCAUUUGUUCAAGGCAGGUCACCAUUCAUUUUUCUUGUUGGUGUUGCAUUAUCCAUCUCUCAUGCAAUUAUUCCAGAAGAAGAACAACAAGGAUUUAAACAUCUUGCAGAGGUUUAUUUCACAUUUUUAUAUUGGUUAUCAAUAUUCUGGAUGUUAUUCUUUAUUUUCGAUAUCGUUCGUCAUCGUCGAAAAAUAAAUUUAAACUCUAAUAAAUCAAAAAUUGGUUCUCAUUUGAAUAUAAACGGUCCUGUUGGUCGUGGUGAUAUAUUCAAAGCCAUCGCAAAAACGACACCUUAUUUUGAUUUAAAAUUAUUUGAUGAUGUUAAAUUAGAUGAGACACAAGAGAAUAACCUUUCUCUAAGUGAUCAGCAUACUGAUGACGAUGACAAUGGUGGUGAGUUAGAAAAAUCAUUAGAGGAUGUAUCAUCCCCAAUAAAACAAACUGUUCAUUACCAGCGUUCGAGAAACACCGACGAUCGUCGGUUAGCAUUAGAUAAAGGUGGAAUAAGUAAUCUUCGGGCUUACAUCAGACAUCGGAAAGAUAGUAUUGUACAACGUGUCAUUGGCUACAAUUAUGAUGACAAGUCAACAGCUGGUGGAUUAUAUAUUCGAGUGGGAACAGGAAGUUCGUAGUGAUGAUUAAUAUGAUUUUCUAUAGAAUAAAAUAUCGAAUUGCAAUGAGAAACGAAUUCAUCUAACUUGUGGUUCGAGUAAUGCGUGAGUUCUGAACCGAUUUUCACCAAAAUGAGGGCUUUUACAGCUAAGGAUCUUAGUUAUUUAAUAAUCUAAAAAUUAUUGAAAAACUUCCAUAAAAAACAGAUUCCAGAAAACACUACUAGGGAAACAGUGUUUUCGGAUUCAGUCAGUCUCUAUACCAAAAUAGAACCGUAUAGUCGAAGUUCUGUGCGAUCAAAUUUAACGAAGUCAUACGCACAAAACGUUAAUGUAUAAAAAAACGAGGUGGUUGUCUAUUAGGCACUAAGCUUACUUGGAACCGUACAGCGAAGUUCCAAAUAUCCAACUGAAAACACGGAGUUUUCAAUACUUGCGUGAAACUUAUUUUUCAGAAUAUAUCAGAUGAUAUUGUAGGAAAUAUUUUCAACAAUCAAUUGACUAAACUGUUCUGUAUGUAAUGAACCGACCUUGUGAUUUAUGCGACAAAGAAUGGUAGACUUAACAAACCAUAGGGUAUCAGUCUAGCAUCCGAUGAAACAAUUCAUGUUCUGGAGAAAAAGAAUUAGCAAAAGCUAAGAGAAAUAAAGCAAAAAUUAAACGUGCUAUGUCAAAAUAAAUUAGAUCUUAAUAGUACAUUAUGUCUCCAAUAACAACAGUGACAGGUACUUAUAAUUUCUAUAUGUCCAAACCAGAGCUUACCGGACUGAUACAUCACCCUUGCUUUUUAGUUCCUCCAUCAGUAUCAAUGUGAUCUGCACAAACUUGCUCCAGUGCAAAUUUAUCACAUUAGGCAUUUAUGCUUCAACUGUCUUUUCCAUUUAAUGUAUCAUAUUUUCGCUUAACAGGUACAUAUGAGCGUCUAACACCGCUCAGAGCUGCUAACAGUGACAUUUUCUUGACAUCUCAGUCAACUACAUAGUAGAACAGAAAUGUUACAAAUGGACUAGAGCGAGUUUGUGCGGGUCUUAUUGACACUGAUGGAGGAAUUAAAUAGCAAGAGUGAUCUAACAAUCGACGGACCUCAUUCUCAUCAACAUGACUAUAUAAAAUUUCUUAGUUUGUCUUACAAAGUUUUCUAAAGCACAAAUUUUACUCAGAUGAAUAAAAAACCCUGUAUUUGACUGAAGAAGUUCCAAUCAGGCACUGAUUUGACUGUACGGUUCCAUUUGGUACAGAGACUGAUUGAAUCCCAAAACACACUCUUCUUAGUAUAGUCCCAUGGAA